CGCAAGAACUCGUGCGGGGUUGAUGUGUAACGGCGCGCCGGGGGCCACACACGCGUUGGUCCACGGCACGAACAAACAUGAACAGUCGAUCGCGAUGCCAUGAUGUUGCGCAAGAACUCGAAGCUGAGUGUCAGGCUGGGAAACGCCCCCAUCUCCGUCCACCCAUGGAACACAAACACACACCCGAUGCGACGCAGCAGCCAUGUGGUACUGUCUCAUCGGUCACAUCAGCAGCGCAAAACUACACACAACCACCAUCUCUCCCUCCCCUCUCCUAUACACAGCCAGCCAGCCAGCCAUCCAUCCACGCCCUAGCGAGGCUAUGCCGCCUUUCUCUGCCAGCCGCUGACAGUCUCCCGCACCACGUCAGGGAGCUUCUGUGCCCGCUCGGCCACCUCCCUCAUGGCGGCCUGGACGUCGAUGGAACUUACCCUCUCCCAAACCUGGCGCGCCACGCUCUCGGCCUCCUUGGCGAUCGGUGUAGCCUUUGCCACGAUGUAGUCUUUCGUCUCGGGCAAUCUACGCUCACACGCACCGACACACACACACACAAACGAGGUGAGAUGCGUCAAUAUUGGCGUCAGAUCGGUUCACUCACCCCCUCCAGAAAUAAAUCACAUGCUUCUCCAGCCACUCUCUGCGCGCAACGGAGGGGUCGUCGGGCAGCGCCUUGACGAUGGCGUCUGGGCUGAUGCGCAUCAUGUGCAGAAUGCCGCCCUCGGAGCCCAUGAGCGUGAGCUGCUCUGCGAUGGCUUUGCGGCGGUAGUGGUACACAUACCAGUACACACAGCCCCAACUACACGCGGCUGCUAUGGAUGGACAUACAUGGCAUACAUUACAUGCCAUGGAGAGAGGGGAGGGGCCCCAGAGAGCAGGGCAGACAAGUCAGUCAAGUGAGUGGCUGGGCUGUGUGUUGGUGUGGUGCCUGGCCUGCUGUGUGCAGCUCAGCUGACCUCCGAGUAGGAUGGCGACUUUGGUCCCCGAUAUCCGGCGCUUUUUCCGAUAGUAGGCCGCAUGCCUGAGGGACAGACAGGCAGACAGACACCACGAGUGCAGUGCCUUGGCUGGGAGCGUCCAUGGGUGUGGUUUGAGUGAGCUGUGUCCCACAUGACAUACCUCUGGAAGUAGCUGUCCCUCAGCGCCCGGCUGAACUCGUCCUCGGAGCUCAACAGCUCCUACACCGACAGACACGAACAUACGGCCGUCGUCUAUGUUGGUGCCUGUGUGCCUGUGGGUCAUGUAGGUACCUCUCUUUCGAAUGCCGACAAGUUGGUGGGCGCGAAGGGCCCAUGAGCCGCCGUAACCUGAUGCCCUGAGUGAGUGAGUGAUGGAUACAUACACACACACAUGUCGAUUGCAUGGUGCGGUGUUUGGCGUUGCCUUACUUCUCUGCGGGAGGUAGAUGGGUUCCUUGUCCACGCUGCAGUGCUCGUGGACGGAACCCCUGAACCGAUACCGAACGUAGAUGCACAAAUCUACGUCAGACUGCACACAGCCAACACAUCCCUCCACACACAUGAGGAGAUAGAUGCCAUACAGGGCUGGGGGUGUGGUGCUCACGAGUGGGCAUGGGUUGUAGAAUCCAUCGAUAUGCUCCUUGGAACUAUUGACGCCCCCUGUCAGGACAGACACACACACAGAGGGAGGGCACCCCCCCGUGCUGCCAGCCACCAUGCACGACAUGGACCUCCCUACCUUCAGUGAGUGGGUGCAUACCUCCAAGGAUGAUUUGAUCCCGGUGGACCAUCAUUUGAAGCUGGACGGUCACGUCCAUCCAGUGGUUCUGCUCCGGCAGCAAGUGCAAUGAGGGAUCGAUCAACUCUGAUACAGCACCACCACAAGACAUGACAUGACCGACAGCCAUACCGUCGUCAUAGUGCGUGAAUGGCUGUCUUCACUCACUGGGCGGUGUGGAUCUGUAUUCCUCCCUCAGCCGAAGGUCGCCAUAUAAAGCACACUCAACCACAAGACCUGCAAACACAGACACAGCCCGACAUGGAUAAAGGAACGACGGCGUGAACCCGUCCAUGCAGUACAGUACCUACCGUCCGACUGCACGGCCUGCAUCCUCACGGCAUCAUAGAGCCGCCGCUGACACAACACCACGCACGCCACACAUGCGAUAGAUGCAGAUGAGUAGAGUGCGUCUGUCUAUCUGUGCGUGGAGUGACUGACAGACCGACAGACCAUGGUGGCGGUGUGACUCUCGGCCUUGGCCUUCUGGUACUCAUAGAUCUCCGCUAUGUCCUGAUGACAGACAGACAGACAGACAACAAGCAAACACUCCAUCAAUGUGGGGCAGACACACGGACCGGCCAGCAACGGACACCGAGAUUCUGUGCUCACCUUGUUGGUUGGCUUUUCGUCGCUGAAGCCAUUCUUUAUGUCAUACAUACGCCUGACAGAUACAGCGACAUACACACAGCAGUAACAAGUGGGCGAUAUCCUUCCGCAGAUAAAGAUGCACGCGGCCUUCCCUGUUGUUGACCCAUCCGCUAGAUACCUAUUGUUUGAGUCACUGAGGCAGUUCCAGGCCAUCUGGAUCUGGUUCCACCGCCGCAUCGCGUCCUGCCAUGACGCCCUGGUACACACACACAACACACAACCCAGGCAAUCAUCCAUUCAUUCGUCCAUCCAUCGCCUGCCUCAGUGGAUACAUUCACUCACUCACUCGUCAGUGGUCUGCCUCUGCAGCAGCUUAUCGGGGUGAUACUGCCGACUGAGAUUCAUCCACGACCGGCGAAUCUCAUCCUGCGAUGCAUCCAAAGGCACCUCAAGCAUGUCCUGCACCCAGCCAGCCAGGAAGCAUCACACAGAGAUAGAGAAGAAAUGAAGAAUGGAGCAGUGUAACAGGCAGGCAAGCUCCAGGUGCCCCUGUGCGAUGCUCACAUAGUAUGUGGGCCCGAUGUUGGACGGCGAGAGGGCCGGCGACGUCUCCGGCUCACUCUUGCGCGCGGCAGCCAUCUCUUUCCAACUGAACACCUGCCGCAAACAGGACUGCUCUGUCCCCUAUCUGCACGGACGCAACAGUCUUCUUUG